AGCUGCCUUUGUGCCCAGGCAGAGCCUGGGCGCGAGCCAGCCAUUAGGUGCAUGAAGAAAAUGAGUUCUCCACGUGCUGGAAGAAGGGAGGAAAAGCAAGCUUUCCCACUCGACCCCACUGCAGAGAGGCUGGAUUUCACCCGUGUCUUUCCACAGCAGGCACUGAGGAGCCGGGAGCUGCACAGCCACGCAUUCCCACAGGAAUAACAGGGGCCAGCGAUCACGGAGAGCUGGGUGCCCUGCACCCCGGGGGAACAGAGCACAGCUGACACGUCGGACCAUGGGGACAGCUCAUGGGAAGAAGAAAGAAUACUCCCUUCAGCCUAAGUGUCCAAGUGUGAGCAGGAAGCCCAGGAGCGGUGGCUCAGCAUCAAUGUACACUGAAAUACAGCGGGAGCAACCAGACAGUGGGAAUAUCCUGACUCACCCAGACUACAUAGAUGGAAACCCAGACCUCAUCAAACCUAAAAAGCUCCUAAAUCCUAUAAAAGCCUCGAAGAGCCAUCAAGAGCUGCACAGAGAGCUGCUGAUGAACCACAAAAGAGGUUUGAGCAUGGAGAGUAAGCCAGAGCUGCAGCGGGUGCUCGAGCACCGACGGCGAAACCAGCUGAUCAGAAAGAAGAAGGAAGAGGAAGAGGCAAAGAAAUUGCAGUGUCCUUUUGAAAAAGAGCUAUUGAAGAGGCACCAGAGGCUGGACCAGUUGGAGAAAGAGCAGGAGAAGCAGGAAGACCAUGCACCAGAAUUCAUUAAAGUGAAAGAAAACCUGAGAAGAACAUCUACGGUGACUGGGGAUGAGAAAGCAGUGUAGCUUCUGACAAAACUCAACAGGGAUCCUGCCAAGGCGGGUGCUAACACACACACUCUGACAUCUCUGUACAUGGUGGACAUUCACAGCCGCAUCGCUGGGGCUACUUACGGCUAUUAACACUUGCUCCAGUAGAAGGCACAAAAAAGGUUUUCCCAGCCAGGAGGUAUCACUGUGGAAAAGGUGCAGUAUUCACUGAAGUACUCACACAAGGAGAUUCAGAGAGAAACAAUGUUGUUUCCCCCUCAGAUUGUGGGUGCAUGCUAAUAUGCAGCUAACUCUUGGUUAACCCUAGAGACUGUUUAAGCCAGGGAAGCCUGCGGAGGGAUGGUUUGGGGGAUCUCUGCUACUUCCUGGAGGCAGGAUCACCAGGCAUGAGGUGACAGGAGGGUGACUGCAGGUUUGGAACCUCCUAGAAACCUGAUGUGAUAACUAAAAGGGACAAUCUGUGCAUUACUGAGAACAGCCCCUGUGACCACAGUGGAUCACUGUCAAGCCUGGCUAAGGCUGUGUCCCAGCAGCACACCCAUUAGAAGAGUCAACCUCUGUGUGCCCACACCAAUGCAGCACAGGAGGUGCAACUGUUCUUCACCUUUAAACUGCAUCUCAAACCUAUUAGAAAAGAGCUAUUUAGGCAGUUCCACACUCAGGCAGGAAAUACAUCGGGCUAUACCAUCAGCAUCCCAAGUGUGAGGCAAAUGCUCUGAGCAGAAAGCAAAGGUUGGUUGUUUUCAGCAUACGUGUACAUGGAAGUGUGCAGUGACCUGGCAGCAGAUCCCUGUGGAUGUAGCAGACAGACAAACUGCUUCUUACCCCUGAACUACUGAGCUCCAGCCCCUCACCCAGCGGCUGGACAUGAGCUACCACAGGAACCCACAAAAACACAUCCUGUGAUGGAGAGGUGCUACUGAUUGCAUUAGGUACUGAUGCAAGAAUGUCAGUGCUUCUUAUCCCCUUUUCCAGAGGUCAGAGUUACUUCAUUUCAGUUGCUACCUUGCAAAGCUAAAAAUCUCUCUACUGGUGUGGCAAAACUGAGUUAGGCUGCUCAAAACCAGGUUGGAUGGAGCUUGGCACAAUCUGCUCUAGUGGAAGGUGUUGGAACUGGAUGAGCUUUAAGGUCCCUUCCCAUCCAAACCAGUCUGCGGUUCUAUGAGAUAGAGGGUGCAUUUGCACCAUGUAUGGAAAGAGCCUGUCACAGUCAUGCCCUGAGGUGUCCACAUCUAGAGCUAAAAUUGCACCUUCAGGAUUUCUCAUCUUCUUACUUCUCACAUCAGCACUGACUCAAAGCCUAAACAGCAUAACUUACCAACUGCCUUUAAACUGGCUCUUGGAUGGCAAGCCUCAAUGGACUUAGCUGGGAAGGUAAUAUCUGGUUAAACAACAUCUACACAUCUUCAGUGUAUCCACAAGUAAAUUAAGGGAAACUGGGCAUUUAUCAUAUACUUAUUAAAACGUUAUUAAUCCGUUCCCUAAUCGCCCUGGUCCAGUGGGGCGUUUCAUUUCAAAGGGAUGUUGCUCAACCUGGCAGCUUGAGUAAAAUACCUUAGCCACAUCACGUGCUGAGAGGAGUGAUAGAGGUAUGGGGCUUCUGCAACUAUAAGAGCCCUUAGCUCAUUUUCAGUCCUUGAGAGCCCCAUCUCACAGCACUGUCUCUAAGGUAGUUUUAAAGCUCAUCAUCCAGUCCACAUGGUCACUAUGGGGUCAAACAAGAUCUAAAAGGAUCUAUGAUGUCCUUUCUAACUCUGAAGCUUUUCUUACAGGUCAUGAUUAAAACCAUGUGGAAGAAGCAGCAUCAACCACUUUUUCAGGGGGGGGAAAAAAGGCCAAAUUUCUCCAAGAAAAAAAGUGUGUUACUAAGGAUGCUUGUACACAGCUGUAAAGAAUGCUGCAUGAUGCUCCACAGCUAACAUCGGUUUAAAUCACAAGCCAGAAUUACCUUGCUGGGGUUUUGUGAGGGGUUACAGCAGAGAUAAAGUAACCUUGAUCAAAGAGCUCAAAAAAAUUCAGCAAAUUAAUGUGUAAUUUUGCCACAUGUGGAAAUGCACUGCAGGAGAGGCAAUCUAUCACUCCAUAUGCACCAGUGAAAUCAGUGUUAUCAGCUCACCCGGGCUGGGACAGGGCCGUUUAUGCAAGUCAUUGGGUGGGAGCCAUCCAGUAAUGGUAGGCUGAAUGCUCAGAUCAGCACUGACACAGUUGAAAACAUUUUGCUGUGAUCUUCCAGAGCAUAAAAACAUUAUCUGGAAAUAAUAAUAAUAAUCAAGGUGCCUCCCUACGAUGUGGUGUGCACCAAGCACGGAGUGGGGCUGCACUCCAGUGCAGUCAUUGCUAAGGGGUGUCUGGGCCAUUUUCAGUGCAUGUCCAGAAGGGAAACAGAGGACUAGGUCACACUGUCCUAACACAGACUGAGCUAAUAGAGCCACAAGAAUUCCUUACAGCAGUGGAGAGACAGCAGAAAGCCCUGACCCUGAGCUCACCAGGACCCUGCAGGCUGUGAGCUGGGACCCAGCCACACAUCCACACACUUGACCAACCCACCAAACCAGCCACUGGCAGCUCCCAUGGGGCCAGGGCAGGCUGUGGCAGCCCCAUGGCACACAGCAAGACAUACCGCGCUUCAUCACUGGCUUCAGCAGUCUGUAACAGCACGUGGGAAAUGACACAUUU